CGAGAGGGGGCUGGAACGGGGGGGUUGAAAAAGUUAAUCAUUCCCUGGGUCUUCGUGCACUGUCGGCAUUCAGCUGGCGGAGCGGUUGAUGGCUGCUUCUCCCGAGACCAUGCUGCACUGGGGGGCAGUGUGCUGCUGUGUGAUCUUGCUGUUGGUGGGAGGCAGGGGUCAGAAGACGGAGCCCCUGGCCCAGCCUGGGGCUCAGCCCUUGUUUCGGGGUGCAGACCAGUAUGAUUUUGCCAUCGUGGUGCCAGCCUCGGGCUUGGAGUGCGUCUGGCACUUUGCGCACCAGAGUGGAAGAUUCUACUUCAGCUAUGAGGUCCAGUGGGUGACGGGCAUCGCGCAGGACAGGCACAUCUCGGCCACGGUUAACUCACCUCAAGGCUUGCUUGUGGGCACCUCGCAGGACGUCAGGGGUCAAAUCAACUUCCAUACCCAAGAAACCGGUUUCUACCAGAUCUGCCUGAGCAACUUCCAUAACCGCUUUGGGAACAUGCAGGUCUUCCUCAAUUUUGGCGUUUACUAUGACGGCUAUGAGGAAAUGCAGCAGCAGGAAGCCGAGGAGAGGAAGCACCUCAAUGACACCCUGGCCGCCAUCGAGGUGUUUCCAGGCCCUCGGGAUGAAGACGCUGCUCUGAUUUUUCAGGCAGGUGCCACUAAGGUGCAGGGCCAGGUCUUCCACAUGUGGAGGUUCUACAACUUCGGCCGCAUGCGGAGGGGGGCAGACUACUACCUGCUGCUCUCCAACUCCACCUACGUGACCUGGUGGUCAGCCGCACAGACUCUGGUCAUCGUCACAGCCGGCUACCUGCAGCUCUUCUUCCUCAAGCGCCUGUUCCUCACCAAGAGCACGACCGACACCAACAAGCCACGCUGCUAACAGCCCGGCCCGGCCCAUCCUCCAGCUGGCCCCUGAGGCUGAAACCCGGCUCAGCAGGACCGCCAGAACCGGACGGGGCUGUUCACAACCAGACGUACCG